AUGCAGGGUGAGCAAGCCCCGUUUCUCAUCGCAGAUUCGGCCGCGUCGGCUUCGAAUUCGCUAAAUUUGUCGGGAAAUUUUGAAGACCCACUUUUGGAGCAGGAGAUUUUGGGGUGUGACGGGUUAACCGCUGCGCCACCAUCGUCUCCGGAAUGCCCCAGUUAUCAGCAACUGUACCCGGAAGCCAUUGGCUGGAGCUGGAAUUUCUGGUUUUGUGGGUAUUCGUGGAAUGUGGACAUGCGAAAACAGCCGAACACAAUGGCUCCACAGCCAUCUGUGAUCAGAUUUCGAGGAGAAAACUACGAGUAUCCGGUGAAGGUGAUCGGUAUUGACUUGAAAGUAAGUUGUAGAAAGCAGAGAAAGCGGUUAGAUUAUAUCAGUCUGUCGGGAAAAUAAUGAGCAUUCCGCCGCAUCGAAAAUCGCAUUUCCGACGAGAGAAUGAAUUGUGUCGCAUGUCGCGGCAAAGUCAAAUUGCUUUUCACUUCAGCGACGCGAUCGACGCUGCGACUUUGCGCUCAUUAUUUUCCCGACAGACUGAGAGGAGGCCACAUAUCAAGUCGAGAUAUCCAACAAUAUUUUUCGUAGAGAGAGUAGGCAAAAACCGGAGGGCGGUCACAGAAAAAAUAUAUUUUUGGCCUUUUUCCCAGCCUAGGAAAAAAUAUUUUGUGAAAACGUUGCCUUCUCCGGUAGAAACAGGUCAGAUUUUUUUAGCACCAAAACUUGCAAAAAUUGUAGACUAAAAGUCACUUUUCCGUUGUUAGAUUUCAUUUUUCAUGACAUUAACCACUUCAAAACAACAUUUUUUGAUGAUUUUCCAAAGGUAUUGGACUGAUUACUCAUUGAUGAUGCUCUUCACAAUCAAAAAUUUUCCCGUUUUGACCUCGAGACAAAAGGCUAUAGAAAAUUGAAGUUUCUUUUUUUCAUACUUCUAAAUGUUUCAAAGCCCGAUUUUUUGCUGUAACUUUUUUUUAAAUUACUUCCAGAUAUGGCUCCGACUGCUCUCAAUCAUCAACAUCUUUAUUGUUCUCGGAUUUUCCUUUUUGGCUAUUCGAAUAGAACAGAAUUUUCUGUGGAAAAUAUACAACAUCAAUUCCGUCUUUCAAAGUUUUACCUUUAUCAACGGUGUAUUUUUGAUGACUUCGGCGAUUAAUUUUUGCUACCAAAUGCAUCGACGGCACUUGUGGAUUGAUCCGAGAUACGAGGAUCAUGCCGUAGUGAAUGUAAGAAAAAUUUAUUAUCAAAUAUUGUAAUUUUAAGUUUUUCAUUUGUAAUCUUGACUUAUUUUUCAGUUUACCUGGAUAUUCAUCAGUCUUUCAUUUAUACCCUCUGAGCUUCAACAAGAACACUCAUCGGCGGCUUUUUGCCCACCUUCACUGUUGAUGUUGGUUCUACAUCUAGCGAAUUAUAUUAUGAUGACUAAUGCGUCAUCGUAUGUCGAUGUAAAGUACUGUUGGCUGUCGGAAAAAAGGAAAGAGGUCUCCUACCUCUCAACGCCUUUGGAUAGGGAUUACUUUUAUUGGCACGAGUUAUUUUCGAGGAAAGGCUUGGGAAUCAACAAGAAAUUGAAUGUAAAGUCGAAAAUUUCCUUAAAAAGCCAGAGGCCAAUAGCUAUCUAAGAGUUCGCUGAAAAGUUGACUGAAAAUGCUAGGGCACAGCUCGGAAAAAAGCUUGCGCAGCUUGCCGAGGCUACACUGGCGGACCAGUUCCAGUGGCAAAGAACGUACCGUCUUGCAUCGAGGAAGGAAUCAAAAUUCUGCAAAAUACCUCCCUUCCCUAACCAAAAAAAAACACUUCUUUGAAGAUCGCGCAUUUUCUUCACAAAGAGAAUGCCCGAGAAUUCAAAGAAAUUUUUUGGUCAGAAAAAAGAGGUAUUUUGCGGAAUUUUGGUCCCUUCCCGGAUGCAAGACGGUACGUUUUUUGCCACGGGAACAGGUCCGCCACUGAAGUGCCGGAGAGCUGCGCAAGCUUUUUUUCCGAGCCAUCCCCUAGUAUUUUCAGCUAACUUUUCGGCUCUUUGCCUCGUCGCAGUCGCUCAUCAAAUCCUCAGCCACGGCUGGCCGUCGCAAAACGGCGAUGGGCGACUCCAAACCGCGACGAAUCCACAUUAUUUCCCCGAUAGACUGAUAAUUACUGCAAAAGCAAAAUUUCAGAUCUGUGGAUACGCUUGCACCCUUCUAAACAUCAGUUUUAUGGCCAUAAUGGGAGUUAACUUCGUCUCUAGCAAUGCCUAUAUCCAAUUUGUUGUUUGGGGGAUGCUAACCGCCAUUGUGACCGCCGAAUUCAGAGCCUAUACUUAUCAGGACAAAAACUGCUUCUACUAUGCCAUGGUGAGUCAAACGCAGCCAAUUUGCUGUAUAAUAUUACGGAUUUCUUUCUAUCUGAUCACCUAAAAUAAUACAAUUUUCAGUCCUUCGUAACUUUAUACAAUUUUCUCAUGAUGGCCCCAUCUCUUGGAAAACCGCUUCUUGAGACACUAAAAGCGGUUUCAAUGUUAUUUGGAAGCUUUAUUCUAGCCUUUUUGAACACCUUAUACUACCAAGAGCUCCAAAAAUUUCACCGCCAAGAAUUCGAGGAGAUCGAAAUGACCACAUGGCGAAUUCAUUCCGGCUCAACCACAACUUACGGAUCAACUGAAAGCUCAAAUAGCCCAGAAGAUGGCUAG